AUGGAUUUGCGACGAGCUCGACCCGCGUCGCUGCCGCAGAGCGACGCGCGCGCGCGAGCGAGCGUGGUGAAACGAAUGAUGUCGACGAUGGCAUCGAUGUUCGUGACGGUGAGUGGUCGAGGCGCGCGCGAAGGGGCGACGCGAGGUCGGAGAGGGACGAUGACGACCGAGACGACGACCAAGGUGACGACGACGCGUGUGAGUGGAAAUAUGCGACGCGCGGGGGUGAAAACGCGCGCGGAUGCGUCGGAGGGACCGCCCAGGGCGCAACCGAACCCGAAUCAGAUGUUAGUGCUCGUCCCGCCGCACCCGUUGUUAAAGCACUGGCUCGCCGUGGCGCGAAACGUGCAGACGCCGCCGCCGAUCUUCCGAGCGGCGAUGGCGGAGAUCGGGAGGAUUUUGAUCUAUGAAUGCGGUAGAGAUUGGCUGCAAACGUUCGAGGCGCAAGUACAGGGACCGCUGGCGAUCGCGGACGUGGAAUACGUGAACCCGGAAAAGCCGGUGUGUGUAGUGCCAAUUUUGCGCGCCGGGUUGACCCUGUUGGAGGAGAGCGCGAGCGUGUUGCCGAGCUCCGUGACGUAUCACUUGGGGUACGUUCGGGACGAGGAGACGCUGCAGCCGAAACUGUACCUGAACAAGCUCCCGAAGCAGUUCGCGGAGGACUCGCAGAUUUUGGUGAGCGACCCGAUGCUGGCGACGGGCGGAACCAUCGUCGCCGCCAUAGACGAAAUGGUCUCCAGAGGCGCGUCACCGAAAAAUAUCCGAAUCAUAUGCGUCGUUGCCAGUCCUGUGGCGCUGACACAGCUCAGCGAGCGGUACCCGGGACUUCGCGUGUACGCCGCGAUGAUCGACGAAGUCCUCAACGAUGACGGCUACAUAGUACCCGGUUUGGGCGACGCUGGCGAUCGCGCGUUCGGCACGAUGUGA